CUCGGGUACAUAAGCAUUUCCCCAUUCAAGCCAUUACCAUAUACUGUACCAUAGGCUUUCUCUAUAGUACAUUAAUUCGGGUUGUCUAGUAAUGAAUAGAAUGCCAUCUUCACAGGUGAAAUAUCAUGCGAUUAUGGGGAAAUGUGUCUACCUGCUCAUUUUCUUUUAUGUUUCUGGACUACACUUUCUGUCCGCAUCAGCUGUGGUCCAUUUUGUUCAGGCUGGACAAAAUGCUUCCCUGUCGUGCAACCUCACAAACAGCAGAGAAAUAAUCUGGUUCCAAAUGCGCUCAGAGGAACUUGUCACCCUUAUAACUGUUACCAGGCUAUCACAUUUUCUAAAUACUGCAGCAGUUAUUAAGGAAGACAUGGGUCACUUUGACACAAAGGAAAACAACAGUUUGGAGAUCAUUGUGGUGACAGAAGCAGAUUUGGGAUUGUACUACUGUGCUGGUCGCUACAAUGGGACAGUGCGAUUUGGAAAAGGCAUCCGCCUGACUUUUACAGACGCAGAGGUGGCAGAGAGGGAAUUGGUGUCGUGUUGGACUCUCCUGGCCUGUGUUGCCCCAGUCUCAGUCUUGUUCGGCGCCCUCUGUCUCUUUGGACUCUGUAUCCGGUCAGGUAAAACAACAUGUUUGUGCAACACCUGUGUGAACAGGAAUUCAAGUCUCAAGGAAGUGGAUCUGCAAUAUGCCAGUCUGAAGCACGUUGGUAAUGCCCGCCCCGCUGAUCACCGAGUGCCAGGAUUGGCCCAGGGGGAUGUCAUCUAUGCAACAGUGGCCCAAUGUGUUCACACAGGCACAUGAUACAUCACAUGUACUUCUGACAUGGUUCUUGGAAUAUCCAUUCUUGAUGGAAAUAAGAUUGUAUUUUGAUUCAUGCAUGUAUGUGUGUCUCUGUAAAUGUUGAAAAGGCUAAUGUAAGAAUUAUUGUUAAUGUUCUCCAAAGAAUCUCAAUAAAAACAUUUUAAGGCAACAGGAUAUAGAAUUAGUUGGAUAAAAUAAUCAUAUCUUGGGUACCUUGAAAGGCGCAAAUAAAUGUACUAUAUUAUUAAAGAGCAAAUUUUGUAAAAUGUAGUUGCACUGUAAUAAAACUAAAUAAAAUACGAACUGUCUG